ACUGGGUGGGGCGGCCGGAGCGGGGCCGCGGGCGGCGGGCGGCGGGCGGAGGGACAGGCGCGGGCCAUGACCCGCCAGGCGGACGGCGACCCCGCCUCCGGCCGGCUGCCGCGGCUGCUGUCGGCGCUCUUCUACGGCACCUGCUCCUUCCUCAUCGUGCUGGUCAACAAGGCGCUGCUGACCACCUACGGUUUCCCAUCACCGAUUGUACUUGGAAUUGGACAGAUGGCGGCUACCAUAAUGAUACUGUAUGUGUCCAAGCUAAAUAAAAUAAUUCACUUUCCUGAUUUUGACAAGAAAAUUCCUAUAAAGCUGUUUCCCCUGCCUCUCCUCUACGUUGGAAACCACAUCAGUGGAUUAUCGAGCACAAGCAAGUUAAGCCUGCCAAUGUUCACGGUGCUCAGGAAGUUUACCAUCCCGCUGACUUUGCUCCUGGAAACCAUCAUACUCGGGAAACAGUAUCCCCUGAGCAUCAUCAUCAGCGUCUUUGCCAUCGUUCUGGGCGCUUUCAUAGCAGCUGGGUCCGACCUGGCGUUCAGCCUGGAGGGCUACGUGUUCGUGUUCCUGAACGACAUCUUCACGGCGGCGAACGGGGUGUACACCAAGCAGAAGAUGGACCCGCAGGAGCUGGGCAAGUACGGGGUGCUCUUCUACAACGCCUGCUUCAUGAUCCUGCCCACCCUCGUCCUCAGCGCCUCCACCGGGGACCUCCGGCAGGCUACUGAAUUCAACCAAUGGAAGAAUGUUCUAUUUAUCAUACAGUUUCUUCUUUCCUGUUUUUUGGGGACUGGGAUGGCCCAUUGCUUCUCUGCCGUGGUAGAAACGACUGAGCCUCUGAGAGUGUCCUUUGGUUCCAGACAACUGGCGCCGGGCUCGGCUGUCCCUCCUCUCAGGUCCCCGCUCAGGGAGCAUCCACCCCGGAGCCCGAGGCCUCGGACCCUCAGCCUUCUACUCACAGUCACUGCGCUCACGUUUGCUUUUCAAACUUCCCCAACCACUGAACCUCUAUUCCAAGUUGAAAGUAAAUUUUAAAAAUUAGAACACUUUAAAACUGUGAUUUAAAAGCCAAUGAAAUGGUGAGAAGCAGGGACUUUUCUUUGGAGUUAUGGUGAAGGACUCAGCCUUAAGACAUGCUAUUUGUAAUCAGGCGUUUGCAAAUACAGCGUAGGAUGGGGUGAAAGGUGUCAGGGAGACAAGCUGGAUUGUGGGAGCGAAGGUUGUAAAGCACAAACUGGAAGUAAGCUGACCAGCUGGAUUUUAAAAGCUGGUUCUGUAGGUCUUUUUAAUCUUGCCGAGAAAUGACAGGUUCCGGCUCAUUGAUACCAGCCACUGGCACCUGCUCCCAGGCCUGAGGGAGGUUAUCCUAACCUGUGUCUGCCCCUUUAACCCCAAGGAAGCAGUAAUGUAUUUCUUAAUAAAAACACAAAAGCAUCAGAUUUCCCUACUCAGGAGAUAAAAGGUGUUCUGUUCUUUGAACUGUCAUGGGUACUGGCAAGAUGCAGCACAGGAGGGAACAGGACGCUGUGGAUUGCUGGGCCCUGGGACGACAGAGCUUUGGAGGUGGCAGAUAUUCCCAUAAUCCUCCAGCAAACAAAUCUUUGGGUGUGACCGAUGCUCUAGGACAGUGGUCGGCAGACUCAUUAGUCAACAGCGGCAAACCGUGGCUUUCGAGCCGCAGUUUGCCGACUACUGCUCUAGGAAGACGGGUCCAUUCAUCCCAUGGCCAGUGUCCUCACACAUCAUAGAGGCCUGGGGUCAGAGAGUUCUACCAGAGAUGGCAAGAUGAGAAUGCUAGACAUUCUUUGAAACCCGGAAUUACAGAACAGUAAUGUUCUGUACCAUUGUGGUCAGUGCAAGGAGUGUUAAAGUGCCUUUUAUUAUCUGAACAUCUGUUUUGAAUUUCUAUAUAUGCUUGUGCAUGGGAUGGUAACCAGCAGUAGGUUGUAAAUGAGGUUAUUUGAGUUCUGUUUGUGAUGGCCACCAGGGUGCCAGACAGGCUUGGGUAAAUAUUUCUGUGUGUGUGUGUGUGUGUGUGUGUGUGUGUGUGUGUGAUUUGCAGAAACAGGUUCUGGUCCAGGGCUGUCUGCACGGGCACCUCUAUCCCUUGGGCAUAGCUGGCAUCUGCUAUCUAAAUAGAUAUGUAUCAUAUAUGUGCUAUUACUUUUCAAGUAUACAUAGAUUAUAUGCGAUUUAAAAAUGCAGAAUGGCAAAAAGCUUCUGAGUAUUUUCAGUGCUUUUAUUAAUAAAUAUAUCUUAGCAUUUUAUUCAACCACAGGUGCCAAAAUAAAAACUGUCAUGUGCAGGUCGACAUUUUGGUGUUAAAAGUGGUGUGGUUUCCUUUAGACUGAGUUAAUAGAGGUUCUUUUAGUUUAGAACCUGGGUCUUUACCAAAGGAUUGCACAGGUACUUAUUUGCAUAUAGAAAUACAUUCUGUUUUUUAAGAGGGAAAAAAAAUACACCACUUUGAUCUUGUGGUUUUAUAUUCAUCCUCUAUGGGGACACCUAGUGGUUACAAUGAGAACUGCAGCCUUUCUGUGGCGACCCAAUCUGUUACUAAGAUCUGCUGGCUAAUUCAGACCAGACAUCCCAGGACCUUAGAGAGGGGGCUUCUCCCCAGCUGUCCGGUGAGUGUCCUGGUCGCCCACACUCGUGGUAGAUGGACAUUGGAGUCUUAGAUCUGAGGUGUCCGUGAUUCUGAACGCAGGCCCAGAUGGUUUCACUGAGACGUGGGAUGGAGAAAAUGGGAGACCAGAACCCUGGGUGGGAUAGGAACUUCAAUGUAAAAAGAACACUAAAGGAUGUCCAUGCUCGUCCUGGUGUGAGGCCACAGGGCCGGUGGGGAAGCCUGCUGGACCUUUCCCGCGUCCCUGAGUGGGCUUGGUCCCUGCCUGGGCUGCACGCUCUGAUUUUGUAGAUUCAGCUCCUCUGGAGCAGAUGCUGGGGCACUGCCUCUGAUCCGGGGGGCCCUGCACCGGCCGCAGGCUGCGUUUGUUAACCUCUGCGUUUUAUGCAUGAGGGAGAUUGUUUAUAGUUCCUCGGGGCUCUACAUUAACGUUCAAUUUAUUAUAAAUGUAAAAAUUAAGACGGAGGUUUUGUUAAGCCUUUAAUAUGUAAAUACUGCUGCUCGAUUUAUAAAGCCAGUAAUCUUUGCAUAAACAUAACUUUACUUCCAUUAUUUGGUUAAUGGUUUGUUAUCUCAGGUUCAACUGAUUAAAAUAUCCCAACCAAUUCACUGUAAAUUAGUUCCAUGUACAGCUUAGUGAAUUGAAAGUUUUUUAACCCCUUAAAACUGCUUUUACAAUCUGCGUUACCUGAUUUCCCCCCGGGAUUCCAGGGCCUCAUGCGGCCCUCGCAAAGCUAAGGAUCCUGGUAGCUUUGCACGGCAAAGCAGCCCUCCGAAAUCUAAGAAACCGAAGUUGGAAAUAAAUCAGCUUCUUUUCAGCGUGCCAGCAGCGAGUGCCGAUUUUCUCAGGUUCUCCGACUCCUCUCCGGUCCGGCAGCUGCCCGUUCCAUGUCAGAGCCAGACAGGCCGAGGGGCGGCUCUCUCACCUGUCAGAGGGCUGCAGUUACCUGGAGAACAGACUUUUUUCUUUCUUUCUGAGAAUUACAAAAUUGAAGAUUGUCAUUGAGUCUGUUCCUCAACUUUAUGUUAACGCGUGAUAUGCUUUACUCUUUGUUCUCUACCACCCCUGCUAAGAAACAUGUCAGGCCAAA